CAACCUUCCAACACAACCCCUCACUACUCCCCUCACCCCCGCCGUGAGAGUCCAACUCUAUGGGAUUGCGGUAGUCUGAGUUUUGGGGUGCGCGGGAGGCUGAACCAGAGGCGCGCUUUCGUCCCUCUUCAGGGAGAGCGGGCGCCGGCGGCGCGCACUCCCGCUGCACCCGCGCUCCGGAAAGGGGCUUGACGCGCGUCAAGGCUUGCCCACGAAGCGGCCGAGAAGUUUUGGAGGGAAGCGGCGCCAACCCCUCCAGAGCCCACGGGAGCGCAGGAACGUGCGCCUCGACGGAUUAGGCCCUGUUGCUCUCCGCCCCGGCAAAGCCUCCGCGCCUGAGAGUGGCCGCUCCAGGGGAUUUAGCGCCGCCGCCGCCGCCACAUGAUCCCACAACCACCCCGUGACUCUCAUCCCUGGGAGCCCGUGGGGGAAAUAUGAAGCAGAGCUCCUUCUCUGGGUCUCGGCCUCUUUCCGCUCCUUCGCCUCUGCUGCUGCUGCUGCUGCUGCUGCUCUGCUCCCCGCGCCGAGCCCCCCGAUGGCCUCUCCCCGCCUGGAGACCUUCUGCUGCCCCAACCGGGACGCAGCCACGCAGCUGGUGGUGACCUUCCAGCCGAGCGUCUUCUGCGGGGUCUGCGUGGGCAGCGCCUCCGCCGGCCUCCUCCUCAGCCUCCUGCAGCUCCUCCCCAAGAAGGGACAAGGCCCUCGCAAGAUGCCCAAGCCUUCCUCCUCCACCACCAUCCUCCUCCUCGUCUCCGCCUGUGACAUGCUGGGCUCUCUGGGUAUAAUCUUCAGAUCAACAGUCUGGUUAGGGUUCCCGAGCUUUAUAGCAAACAUAUCUGUGGUGAAUGGGACAGAUGUCUGGCCUGCUGCCUUCUGCGUGGGAAGUGCGAUGUGGAUCCAGCUUUUGUACAGCGCUAGCUUUUGGUGGCUGUUUUGUUACGCUGUAGAUUCGUACUUGGUGGUUCGAAGAUCAGCGGGUUUAAGUACAAUUGUAUUGUACCACAUGAUGACAUGGGGUUUGGCUAUCUUGCUGUGUGUGGAAGGAAUUGCCAUGCUCUACUAUCCUUCGGUUUCAAACUGUGAAAAUGGUUUGGAGCAUGCAGUUCCUCAUUAUGUCACUACGUACGCCCCACUAGCGCUUGUUUUGAUCGCCAACCCAAUCCUUUUCGGCAGGACAGUUACUGCUGUGGCAUCCUUACUGAAAGGAAGGCAAGGGAUCUACACAGAGAAUGAAAGACGUCUGGGGACAGAGAUCAAAGUUCGCUUUUUCAAAAUUAUGUUGGUGGUUGUUAUUUGCUGGUCAUCGAACAUCAUCAACGAGGGCCUUCUGUUCUACCUGGAAAUGCAACCGGAUAUCAAUGGAAGCCUCUUGAAAAAUGUCCGAAAUGCUGCACUAAUCACAUGGAUUAUAAUGGGAGUACUCAAUCCAAUGCAAGGCUUCCUUUUUACACUGGCUUUUUAUGGAUGGACUGGCUGGAAAAUAGACCUGCAGUGGCGGAAAAGUGAAAUACCAUGGGAAUCCAUAUCCACCUCAACAGCGGCUGACAAUGCUUAUGGCUUGCCAGGAGAGAACUCAGUGAAUUUCCAUAACUCAAAGAAAACAGCAGUACCACCAAACCAUCAGACGGACGAAGCUUUAAGCAUGUUGUCUGAAGGUUCUGAUGCUAGCACAAUUGAAAUCCACAUCUCAAGUGGAGUCCAUGAAUUAGAUGGUAACGAUGCUGAUGUUGACUAAUUGAAACAGUGAGGACCUGGAGACCCCCAAAAUUCUAUCAUGGCAUGGCUCGUUUGUCUUCCUUCUUUGAAAUUUGGAUUUUCCCACCAUUUUUCAUGUGUCAUUCUACCUACAAGGCUAAACACUUCUCUUCAGCUUUCCAGUCCUCGACUAUGCAAACCCACUUUUUGAAUAGAUGUACAAUACAUACCCUGAAUAUGGAUUCAGGCCAUGAUCAGAUUUAGAAGCAAAUGUUAAAAUGCUAUAUUCAUUCUAAAUCGUUGCCACGUUGUAUGAUUUUUGGUCAUGAAAUCUGAGGUGGUUCUUCUUGCUCCUUUGUAUCCUUGUGAUAAGUUGUCUGGGGUUCAUGAGAAUUGUCUAUUAUAUCUGGAAGGCACCCUAGUUCUCAAUUAUUGAUUUCUGUUUUGCUGGGCUUGGCAUCUUGUUUUGGUGAAGACUUCAUUGUGCUUCAAGGAUCCUGAAAACUAUGCUAGGCAGAAAGUUAAGAUUAUAGGAAGUCCACCCAAACAUGACAGGUCAAAGUGCUCUCUUGCCCACAUGUCUUUAUCUCAUUUUCAUACUUUCAUUGAUACUCAUUUUAUUUAGAAAAAAAACAUGCACAUUGUUUGAUGAUGGCCAAAUCAAGAGAUGACCUAUGGAUCAAGUAUUUUCUGGGCUAGAAAUAUGGCUCAGUCUCCAAUUGCAACAUACAGCUAUUAAAUCUGACAAUGGAUGCAAACUUUGGGAACCUUCAAAAUCUCAAGUAACAAAAUCACUUCCAGUUUCUAACCUUUGACAGGACAGUUCAAAUCUUGAUCUCCGAAUGCACUGAUGGUAAGAGCUUCAGAUAUGUUGAGAACUACAGAUGGGUUCAUGAUGGCAUGAUAGGGAAAACAAUGUUUUCAUUCUUCCUUCCCUGCCUUUUACUGUCCUGUCAUACCGAAACCAAUGGGAGAGGAAUUAUAAGGUUAUAUGGCCCCUGCCAAGGAUGAACCUAUCUCAGCCGCCUUGGUAGGGAAGAGCCAUUAUAUCUGUGGCCAUUUGGGAUUCCCUCCCAGGAAACAGAACUGUUUUGUUAGUUGAUUUAUCAGUUUUGAAAUGGGGUAGAUAAUAAUGCCUAAUGAAAUCAUAAGUUUCCUAUAAGUUUUCUCAACCUCCUUUAAGUUUUCUUAUAAUUUCCUAUAAGUUUUCUAAAUCUGGAGAAUUUACACAGGAUUCACACUGUCCUG